ACUACUCUCCCGCCGGCCCUUCCACCCAACCCGCCCCUCCUCCUCAAACACCUAUGACCUCGUUCGGGACAGGAAUGUCCACGCGCAGACGAAGCACGGCUGCAUCCACGAGCUACAGCCAAUACCACGAUUCUUCGGACAGAACCACACGCUCAUCCGCGAAGAUGAGGUCUCAGCCCAAGCUCAAAUUGAAACUCAGCGAAAAGGCUGCAGCGCAGGCCCCUGGAAUGUCCUUCUUGGGGCCGUAUGACCGUGAGCUGGAUUCAGACGACGAGGACCUCACUUUUGAGGAGCAAUUUAUUCUUCGAAUGCCUCCGGGCGAAGACUGUGAGCGUCUGAGAAAGAUGGUGCAGGCGAGAGAGAUCGGCCCUGAUGUGUGGUUCAAAUUCAAAGAUUCUCGGAGAGCAGUCUUUCACAUCGGCAAUUCGACCUACUCGUCUAAACUUGUCGACCUUCCAUGCAUCAUCGAGUCGCAGAAGACUCUUGACAACAAGCAGAUGUUCAAGGUGGCAGAUAUAUGUCAGAUGCUCGUGGUCGAAGACAAGAUUGCGAAUGAAGACGCGCUUACGAACCAGCGCAACUUCAAUGUCGACGAGUUCAUAUGGCCGCAUGGUAUCACCCCUCCGCUCCAUCACGUACGAAAGCGUCGCUUCCGCAAACGCGCCAACAAACGGACUAUUGAAAGCGUGGAACAGGAAGUCGAGCGUCUCCUCGAAGCAGAUGCGAUGGCGAAUGACGUGCAGUAUGACGUAUUGGAAAAUGUCAAUCCCGACCUGUCAGACUCCGAGUACAUAGACCCGGACGGCCCUGGCGGAAUGGAUGCCCCGACUCCGGGACCUAUGGGCUCAGAUGUCGGGGAUGCACCAACUCCAGCAGCCGAUCGCGACGCGGAUCAAGAAGGGGAGGAAGACGAAGACGGCGUGGGCGGGGAUGGCGACAUCGAUGAAGAGCUGGCAGCUGAGUUAGAUUUGGCGCUCGGUGAUGAGGGAGAUGAGGGAGACGAGGAAGAUGACGAUGAGGACGACGAUGAUAGCGAUGACGAUGAUGAAGAUGAGGAGGACGAGGAAACGAACCAGUCCCGAAGACUACUCAACGAAGAGAUUCGAGACUUGGAAGCUGCAGUUGCGAAGAAGAACCACGAGAUUGCGCACUCUGCGAACCCUCUGAUACGGAAACGGUUCGAGGAUGCGCUCAAGAAACUGCGUACGGAGCUGGACAUGAAGUUGGGUCAAAGGGAUGAUAUGAAAGAGCAGCAACGCCUCAGAGACGAGGGAAUAGCAUCUCAAAACCAGUCUGAAGGGGUUGACGACGAAGAUGACGACGACGACGAUCUAUUUGGAGAUGAAGAUGGUAUGAAUUGA